AUGUUACAGAGCAUCAAACAUCAAAAAUGUUUACAGUGCUAUACCAGUCAAAUUCCUGUUCAGUCACAGACCUCUCAAAUUGAAGAUGAGAAAACCCAGAAGCCGACAUUGGAAGAGAACUCAUUUGAAGCGUUGGAGAAGGAGUUCCAGGAUGUGUUGAACGAACUGGUAGGGGACAAGAAUCUGGAGAAAUUCAGCGUCGAAUAUGAAAAGCUCAUCACAGCUCUGAGGAAGUCACAUGAGAAUGAGAAGAGGCUGAUGACAAAAUGUCGAGAGCUGAAAGCAGAGAUCAGCUCCAACUCUGUCAAAGUAGAGACGGCCCUGAAGCUGUCUCAUGAAGACCAGACCACCAUUAUGUCACUGAAAAAGGAAAUUGAUAAAGCUUGGGAAAUGGUGGAUGCUUCCCAUGAAAAGGAGAAGAAGGCUAAAGAGACAAUUAAGACUCUACAGCAGGAAAUAAACCAUCUCACUGCACUUGCUGAACAAGGAGCUGGUUUAUCCUCAGCUGAAGGGCAGAGUGUGGGCGAGCUAUUGAAAAUGAAGGAGCAGUUGACGACUGAGAGAGACAAGCUGCUCUCAGAGCUGGUGACUCUCCGAGACAAUUUUGAAAAGGCCACGAUCAAGCAACAUGAGGCUGAGGAGGUGAACAUGAAGGCCCAGGAAACCAUCUUACAGCUGCAGCAGGACAUCCAGAUGCGUCAGAACGAGUGCUCGAGGGAAACCCGUCAGAAAGAGAAACUGGAGAAGGAACUGAAGCAGCUUCAUGCAGAUGUUGAAGCCCAGCAACUGGAACUUAAAUCGCUAAACGCUCAGUGCCAGCGUGGCAAUGAUGAGCAGCAGAGGAUGGAACAGCAGCUCCACGAGCAAAAGAUUCUAAAUGAGAGAGUCUCUAAGGAGCUAGAGCAGCUGCAAGUGCGCAACACUAAACUCCAGCAGGAGAAUGAACAGAACUCACUCAGCUUGGAACAGCUCACCUAUGAAAAUAACCAACGAGCCUCUGAACUGAAGAUGGAGAGAGAGGAGGUGAGUCAAAUGAAGCAAGAGGUUGCUAAGCUUACUAAGAUAAGGGAGGUCACUCAGAAGAAGUUACGCCUGAUGGAGGACCAGAAACUGGAGGUGGAACAGCAAAGAGACACACUGAAAAACCAGAUCACAGGCCUGGAGAAAGAAAUGGAGAUGGCACAAAAACAGACAGAGAGUGACAAGAAGAAAGUAGAUGAAUUGAUCCGGGAGAAAGACAUGCUGAGUAAGAAUAUGAUCAAGGCGGCAAAUGCCACUGAGAAGCAGUUAAACUUGGUGAAGCUGCAUGAGCAGUCAAAGAAGACAUUGGAUCAGGAAAUUCUCAACUACCGAGAUGAGGCACAGAAGCAGCGCAAGAUCAUUUUUCAGCUGGAAAAGGAGCGGGACCGCUACAUUAAUGAAGCUAGCGAGCUCACACAGAAGGUCUUAUUGAAUAUGGAGGACCUUAAAGUGCAAGAGAUGGAGCUCUUUGAAUACAAGAAGAAGAUCGCUGAGGUGGAGACAAAACUCAAGCAGCAACAGAAUCUCUACGAAGCCGUCAGGGCUGAACGCAACAAUCAUAGCAAGAAUCUGCUUGAUGCUCAGCAUGACAUCAUGGAUAUGAAACGCAAGAUGAAGUCCAUGAUCCAAGAGAACAGUCAGCUCACAGAGGAGAUCAAGAGUAAAGAGGCAGCACUGGUCAAAGAGCAUCUAGAGUUCCAGCGCACAGAAAAAGAAAAGGAAGCUCUUAAGGCUGAGCUUCAGAAGAUGAAGCAGCAGGCCCAAGAGACCAAGCAGUAUAUGGAUAAUCAGGAGGUAGAAGAGCACAAGUUGCUGAAAAUCAUAGCAGACGCUGACACUGAAAAAGUGCGGCAGAAGAAAGAACUGGAUCAGGUAAUUAGUGAACGUGACAUCCUUGGGACUCAGCUGGUGCGGCGGAAUGAUGAACUGGCACUGCUUUAUGAAAAGAUCAAGAUCCAGCAGUCCAUCCUGAACAAGGGUGAGUUCCAGUACAACCAGAGGGUGGAGGACAUUCGCUUGCUCAAGCUAGAGAUCAGGAAGCUGCGGAGAGAGAAGACAGCCCUCAACAAGACUGUGUCUAAUGUGGAAGACCUCAGGCGGGAGUUGUACCACAUGCAAAAGGAGCUGCUUAAGGAGCGAGCAAGAUGUCAAAGUUUGCAAGAAGAACUUGAAAAUCCCAUGAAUGUUCAUCGCUGGAGAAGAUUGGAGGCGAGUGACCCGAGCACCUUUGAGCUGAUUCAGAAGAUACAUUCUCUUCAGCGGCGCCUGAUAACCAAAACUGAGGAGGUGGUAGAGAAAGAACUUCUCCUCCAGGAGAAGGAGAAGUUGUAUGUGGAACUGAAGCACAUAUUAGCUCGUCAGCCCGGUCCAGAGGCAGCUGAACAACUUCAGAUCUACCAACAAACACUGAAGGAAAAGACCAAGCAGCUCAAGACGCUGUCAGCCGAACUCAAUAUGUAUGAGUCUCAGGCACAGGAGUACAAGUACGAGAUUGAGCGACUGGCCAGGGAGCUACAGAAUGUAAAGAAGAAGUAUUUUGUGCAGAAACGCAAGGAGCAGGCAUGGAGGGAAAAAGAAAGGAAUCUGGCGCAGCCUGGGCAACCCCUGAUUGUGCCUCAGCGUACCGAUGGACCCCGUUUUACAGGGGGAGGCUUCAGCCUGAAGCAAGGCAACAAAAUUGCUGCCUGAACCUUCUAAUCUCUCUCUCUCUCUCUCUCUCUGUCUCUGUGAGUCUGAUUGACACAUUGGCUGGCUAUUCAAUCUGAAAAUAAAUCACAAUGCUCACAGUGUAGCACUAUGGUUGAGUGAAAUUAAAACGCAAAAGCCAUUGUACUCAUUUAUCAAUUGUAAGUAAAGCAGAUGUGUUUGCACUCAUCUUAAUGGCUUUGGUUUGUUUCUUGGGUUUCAUUAGCAGGGUUGUUCUUAGCCACUGGUUGCAAAUGCAGAAGCACUCUCGCUAUUAAUGAUUAGGGUUUUUUUUUCCAUGUACGUACUUUCUUUUU